UGUGCGCGUUUCGCAUCCAUGUUCGUUCGUUCGUUCGUUGCAAAUUACUUUUACGUCCGUUCUCCCGGAAACCUGGAAAAAUUCCAUUAUCCGAAACAAGUAUCGAAUUUCACCGGUCGCAACAAUCGCUGCCGAUCUUGCCAAUGAGUUACUAUUAUCUUUGCAUGAUCAUUCAAUCAUCUAGACGCGUGGAAUAUUAAACCGAAUGUGUAUGCUGUUUUUUCUAGUUCUGAUAAGUUUGUCCAGUGCGUCGUUCAAAUAACGUUCAGCAAUAUCGCGAAUUCGGAUACAUUAAAAUGUCCGCGCAUCCACACGAUUUAGAUCAAGUUGAAGACCUAUCGUUGAAGGUGUGUGCUGUGACAAUUUGCACGUUAAACGAAGGAUGCCGGUAAUCAAUCGAUCACCGAAAUCAAUUUCAAGGAGAAUAGACAGUGGCUGCGAAAGAGACUAAGCUCCGUCCACGGAACUUCACGUUCCGAGAAACAGGUUUAAGAAGACGAUUGACACGGCUGAACGGAACUUAACAGAGGGUAUUUACAUUCGCGCAGAUAUUUCUAAAUGUUACGAGUGUGACAUAAUAACACGGCAACGAUAAACCGAACGCCUGUUACUAUCGAUUCCCCUCCCUGCGUACUACAGUAGAGUCGACCGUGAUACGUCAUACGUCAGUUAGCGCGUAACGUGCACCACAGUAGAAAUGUCGGAAAUGUGUCAGACGUAGAAAUUAGGCGACGCAUGAUAUACCGAUGCACGGGUUCCUGGAUUCACUGCUCUCUCUUUCUUUUUCAUUGUUCUUUGGGGGUGUAUGCGAAGCUCGUAUCGGACUAAAUCGCAAUGAUCAAGACCUACCGCUGCAAGAAUGUUUUAUAAGAUUAUAAUGCGAAGUAAAAAAAAUUUCCAGACAAUAUACCCCGAUAUCGCCUACCGUGCUUUCUUCCUCUACCUUCUCUCCUGGGAUCGCUCUGUUUAAAGAACUUCUACAUAAUAGCUACUUCUAGCUACUAUUAAAUGAUCGAAUGAUGCUGAAAGACAAAUAAGAUUAAGAAACGCUGGAGACGCAGCAAAAAACAAAAGAAAGGACCAAUUGGAGAAGAUAAGGAAAAGCCAAACCUAUAGAAACUACGAAGAGAAUAGAUAGUGGCGCGCGAUAUAAAUCGAUCACGUUCGAGCGGCAGGAAUUCUUCCUUUCUGUAGACAGCAGAAAAUCUCAAUCGAGAGAAUAGUAAAUCGAUCGAUCUUACUCUCGACCUUGAUGACGUAAAAACGAGGUGGAAUCGAUUUGUCAGGAUGAUGAUACUCGAAGACUGAAGAUACUGCUCCAUCGAGGUGGUUAACUUAAAAAUUUACAAAGAAGUGCAUCCUUCGGAUUAUCUCUCUCCUAGGGGAGGAACGACGAAAAAAGGAAAGGAAAGGAUAGAGAGGGAAAAGGAACGAAGGGGGGCAAGAAAAUAAAUAAAAAAAAAAGUUAAAGAAUGUUGCGUCUGUGUUCGUAUGCGUAUAUGUAUGUGCGUGUGCGCGCGCCCGCAUCUGUAUGUACGCGCGAGUGUGUGUGCACUCUGUUCCUGUGAAACAGUGACAAGAACACACAGGGGCAGAUACGAAGAGCAGAGGUAGAGCUGUUUAGUUGUUUAAAAAUGUGCUGCUUGUUUAAUAGAACACCGCUGUUAUUACCGAAAAUUUGAAAAGAUCGAGAGGAGAAAAGAGGAAUUUGAAGAAAAUCGACCUAGCAAGAAGAGGGAAAAUGACGGGUAGUCGUAGCAGCGAAAUAAAUCCGGAUGUGACGGUGCGUGGUGAGGGUGGAAAGCAUACGGUUCAUUGGUUUCGCAAAGGUCUCAGGCUUCACGAUAAUCCUUCGCUGAGGGAAGGUCUUACCGGAGCCACUACGUUUCGUUGCGUAUUCGUUUUGGAUCCGUGGUUCGCCGGAAGUACCAACGUUGGCAUCAAUAAAUGGAGGUUCUUGCUACAGUGUUUGGAAGAUCUCGACUGCUCCUUGAGAAAAUUGAACUCCAGACUAUUCGUGAUAAGAGGUCAACCGGCGGACGCUCUGCCGAAAUUGUUCAAGGAAUGGGGCACCACGAAUUUGACCUUCGAGGAAGAUCCAGAGCCAUUCGGACGCGUCCGAGACCACAACAUUUCGGCACUCUGCAAGGAGCUUGGUAUCUCGGUCGUCCAAAAGGUCUCGCAUACUCUUUACAAGUUGGACGAGAUCAUCGAGAGGAACGGAGGGAAGCCACCGUUGACUUAUCAUCAAUUUCAAAAUGUGGUUGCCAGUAUGGAUCCUCCAGAACCAUCGGUGCCGACUGUCACUUCUGCUUGUAUAGGUUCGGCCUACACCCCUCUGAAAGAGGAUCACGAUGAUCAUUACGGUGUUCCAACGCUCGAAGAACUUGGCUUCGACACGGAGGGUCUUCUUCCGCCUGUAUGGGUUGGAGGCGAAAGCGAGGCUCUGGCACGGUUGGAGCGUCAUCUAGAAAGGAAGGCCUGGGUGGCUAGUUUCGGGAGACCGAAAAUGACUCCGCAAUCAUUGUUGCCCAGUCAAACCGGCCUUUCGCCUUAUUUACGAUUCGGAUGCUUGAGUACCCGGCUAUUCUAUUAUCAGCUCACUGAUCUCUAUAAGAAGAUAAAGAAAGCCGUACCACCGCUUUCGUUGCACGGGCAACUUUUAUGGCGCGAAUUUUUUUACUGCGCUGCUACGAAGAACCCAAAUUUCGAUCGGAUGCAGGGUAAUCCAAUUUGCGUGCAAAUCCCUUGGGACAAGAAUGUCGAAGCACUUGCCAAGUGGGCAAACGGCCAAACGGGAUUUCCCUGGAUCGAUGCGAUCAUGACACAACUAAGAGAAGAAGGCUGGAUACAUCACUUGGCUAGACACGCGGUCGCCUGUUUCUUAACCAGAGGCGACCUUUGGAUCUCCUGGGAAGAAGGAAUGAAGGUGUUCGACGAGUUGUUGCUGGAUGCUGAUUGGUCGGUGAACGCGGGAAUGUGGAUGUGGUUAUCGUGCAGUUCUUUCUUCCAACAAUUCUUCCACUGCUAUUGCCCGGUGAGAUUCGGCAGAAAAGCUGAUCCGAAUGGCGAUUACAUUAGGCGAUACUUGCCGAUUUUGAAAAAUUUUCCUACGAGAUAUAUUCACGAACCGUGGAAUGCACCACUCAGCGUGCAACGUGCAGCCAAAUGUAUUAUUGGUAAGGACUAUUCAUUGCCGAUGGUGAAUCACAGCAAGAGCUCCAGGAUCAACAUCGAGAGAAUGAAGCAAGUCUAUCAGCAAUUAAACAAAUAUCGUGGAAACGGCGCCUCCCUUAAAGGAGAAACAGUUGGUUUAUUGAACGCACUGCCACCUCCAUCGGUAAAAGAGAACGAGGAAGAAAAGAAGAAGACGAAGCAAUCUCCGCCUCCCCCGGAGAAUCAAUCCAAGAUGGAAGCUCUUACCAAGACAACGCAACAUCAGCAACAGCACCAUCAACAUCAAUAACGACGACUACGCUGACGUCAUCGAAGCAAUUAGGCGAUAACCCGAAGAAACGAAAUUUUAAUUAUUUCCUAUUUCUACUUAAUUCACACUUAUUUAUUUGCCGUCAUUACGUCGAUGCUGGAAUCAUCUUAAUUGUAAUUCAUUGUAACGCGUAUAAUCGUUAAUAGUUUGAAAAAGCUAUUUGCAGCGAAAGCAAAGCCAUCCAUCGUGUCUGUUCAAAUGAUCGUUUGUAUUUAGAAGUAUGUUUCGUAAUAAGAAAUGUAAAACUUGAACGUUAUGGCAGAAAAAUGACGAUGAGACGAAUUUUAUAAUUCCAAUCGUUGUACAUAAUACAUUCAUUAUACGUCGUAAAUAAAAAUUUUUCAUGCAAA